AUGGAAGCCUUCCUCAAGUCUCGGGAAACCCGACCACAGCUGCUCCAGAGCCUGCUGGCAGCCCUCCCGCCGCUGGACCCCUCCCUCGAGGAGUUCUGCGACGUCGCGACCCUCCCCGACGGCUACAAGAUCGACCUACAAAUCGUCCGACCGCGCGGCGUCAACGAGGCCAACGGCGGCCGCCCCCUGAUCCUGCUGUGGCCCGGCGGGGGAUUCGUCGUCGCGGGGGUCGAGCCCACGACGCGGCCGGCGCGCGAGUUCGCGCUCGAGUUCGGCGCCGUCGUCGUCAACGCCACCUACCGCCUGUCGCCCGAGAACAAGUUCCCGCGGUCCGUGAGGGACGGGUACGAGACGGCCGUCUGGCUGUCGCGGAAUGCCGGCCGGUUCGGCGCGGAUAUCAGCAAAGGCUGGGUCGUCGGCGGGUUCUCCGCCGGGGCCAACAUCGCCUCGGUCGUCAGCCAGCGGUCCGGGGUGGAGGGCCUGGGGAUCACGGGCACCCUCCUGGGCAUCCCGUUCCUACUCGUCAAGGAGAUCGUGCCCGAGAAGUACGCGGCGGAAUGGGUCUCCCGUGAGGAGAACGCCACAUGGAGCCCGACAUUCACCAGCGCGGGCAUCGAAGACGUGCAGAGGGGUCUUGAGCCGGAUAUUCGGUCGCCAUGGUUCUCGCCGUUCAACGACGUCGAGGCGAUAGCCAAGUCCCCGAGGACCUACAUCCAGGUCGGAGACCGUGACCCGCUGCGAGACGAUGGACUCCUGUACGCAAAGGUUUUGAGGGACAACGGGGUCGAGGCGAGGGUCGACAACUACCUGGACUGGGGACACCAGGGAUGGAGCAUCUUCGCGCCAGCCGAUGCACCGGCGGAAUUGGGGCCCAACACGAUGAAGGGGAUGCGAUGGCUUCUUGGAAAGGAGUAG